UGUUGUUGUUGGUGAACCACAACAUUUGGUAUGUUGUUUAACUAGUUUGUGUGCUAUUUUUAGUGUCUGUAUGUAUCAAUUUUUUUCCUGUAUGCACAUUUCGUGUUGUCUGUGCAAAACUAAUAAGUGUCUGUGAAAUACCAAAUGGUUAGGGUGAACUGGAUAAAUCUUGUCCUGAUGUUACUGAACAUCAAAAUGUGUGUGCAGAUCCUAUUGUCAAUGUUGCUACUGAGCCUGAAGGGGAGAAUUCUAUUGCUGUUGAUAGUGACACACAAAAUUCGGAAAUAGAUCCAGUAAAGAUUGUAGUGGACGAGGUAUGUUUAAGGAUACAGUCAUACUGCUUGUGAUAUUUACAUUGUUGUUGGUUAAGAAAGAUUUUGCAUUAAUCAUUCCUAAAUGAGGUUUACCUUCAUUUCAAAGUUGAAGUGGGAAUCUGAGCAAAGUAUGACAGGCCACAUGUAUGAGGAGUGUCACACUCCCACAAAUCUUUUGAUGUGCCUAAAAGAGGUUGAAGAUGACAAGAUCCCUGCUUUGACAGUUCCAUUCGAAAACUUGGAUUGGGAUGUGGUUGGUGAUGAUGUUGGAACUGCUGGGGUAGACAUGAAGGCCAUUGAAGAGGUGAGUAUGAAAGAAUUGAGGAAGAGAAAGUGGUUCAAAUCUAAGUACAUUUGUAGCCCAUUCAUUGCGCCGGCGGCUAAGAGGCUUAAGGUUGGAGGACGUGAUGGUGAGUAUGAUUCUUUCAAGGCAUGGGUGGAGGAAAUUGAUGGUAUUGAACCUACCGUACUUCACCUAGAUAUUCCAUCAUCUUACCCGACAAAUAGGACAUUCUUCCGAGAGCUAAUGGAUGAAAAUGAAUGGUUAAGUAGCGAGCAUUUGGAUGCUCUAGUUCUUCUGUUCCGCAAAUCCAUAAAGACCGCGGCCUAUGAACUCAUGAGCCCUUUGUUCGCG